AUGAACUUGAACAAAGUGAUUAAUCGUCGAUCGUCGGAGCUUAAUAUAUCUCAAAAAGAUUGUGAUACAUCUUCAGACGAUGACCAAAUAAGACCAAACUUUAUCCAUUCGUCUGAUAUACCGAGAAAAGUUGCGUACUUGAUCCACUCCAUAUCAAAAUCUCGACUGAAACGCAUUUCCGAAGAGUUUGGUCACAAUUGUUGUGAAGUUAAUGUCAAUAUUGAGCUAAAUGCGUUGGUGUGUCGGAGCUCUACGAGGUUGGCUGCAUUGUUGAAAAAGAAUAUGAUCUCAGUUGUUCAAAUGGACAAUGACCCAGAUAUGACCCUGAGGCAAAGUUAUCUUUACUCUAUAAUAACAAAUCAAAAACAAAAGGAGAUCCAGCCAGACGUUCUUCGAACUAAGGAUGUGUUUAUUGUCACUUUGAAACUAGUCGUGUCCAAUUUUGAUGCCCUGGGACAUUUCACAAUUGAGGAAAAUGAAAACUUUCUUCUCCUACGGUCUUGCGACCCCAAAGGUGAAUUGAUUGAUCAAAUCAAGCGAUACGUUGGUGACACUUGGACGAAUCUACGGAAUCAACAUCAUAUCAAGGCAAAGCACGACAGCUCGAAUUCAGAUGUAAGUGAUUCCACUUUGGAAUGCAGCGAGGAUGAUGCAUUGUGUAUGGAAGAUGAUUUUGGAGGAGCCAGAAUUGAGCCCUUGAUUUCCAAUGAAACCUUAACGGAGGAGUUUCGAAGAAGGUUUAGCGAUAUAAGUAAUGAGGAAAAGGGACUGAAGUUGAAACACACUUUUCUUGAAAAUAUCGAUAAUCUAAGACACAAUGAUGAGAAUGAAUCGAUGCUUAGAGAUGAAGAAGCGACCGUUUUCCGUGAUGGUUCGCUACAACAGCGCAUGAAACUUUCACCCCUAACUCCUUGUGAUCAAAUCCAUCUUGAUGACUUGAUUGAAGUUUCGUAUGAAGAAAGUGACCAAGAAUAUACUGAUGAUUUUCAGGUGCAUAGCUUUUUGGCUUCUUCUCCGCGGAAGGAGUUUGAGGAUAAUGAUGAUGGUGAUGAUGAAACAAUGCAAUUUUCGCCCCUGUCUUCUUCUUUCCAGUCGCCCACCAAAAGAAGGUCUAGGCCACGUUUGACUUCGAGUCACUCGGUUUCGUUGAUCAACACCGAUGAUAAAUUGGGGUUGAAAUAUGCUUACAAUUCAGAUUCAGCUGCUAUUCCAUCCUACAUUAGACAAAACAAGAAAUUCAAAUUCAUCAAGGUGGGGAAAGUCCAAAAAUUUGUCAAUUUGUUUGAAGAACAAACUCAAUCUCAAAAAAAGUAA